AUGGCCCCAAGCAUAGCAACCGUCAAAAUAGCUAAGGACAUGGUCCUUCCCCUACGUAUAUUUGUUAACAGAAAGCACAUGCUUCAAAGCAAUAAUAGCAGUAAUAAUAAUCCGGACGCAACUAUAUUUCAGGCACCUUUGUUAUCAAACAACUCCAUCGUUUGUUUAAAAUCGCCGAAUACAAGAAUAUAUUUAUCUCAACAGGAUAAGAAGAUCCUUUGUGAUGAAAUCAAGGAGGACCUGUUAUUGAUCCUUUACGAACUAGCAUCUCCUGAGAUUGUUACAUCGGUGCUGAGCAAAAUAAGAAUUGGGCAUACCAUAGAUUUCCAAACGGGUGUUUUGCCCAAACUUUUCGCAGGAGCUUGCACGGAGGACACGUUGUCUUCUCAUAUACAGACAGUAACAAGGCUGGCUAAAUUUAAGUACAAGCUGCAUUACAAAAACAAGUGGGAACUAGACAUAUACAUCAAUAACAUCAAGAACAUUGCUAACAUCAGGCAUUACUUGAUGUUUCAAACGUUAACAAUCAACGGGUUUUCACUCAAUGCAGGUCCCAAAACCCUAUUGACUAGGAAAAUAGAAGCGCAACCACAGGUGCCUACUUUAUCAGAAGAGAAUGAGGAAUCGGGUAUAUUAGAUUUGCCAGUAGAAGAGAAUAUAAAACCAGUGAUAGAAUUCAAGUACAAACCCGUUAUCAACUUGGGCGAAAUUAUCGAUAUCCACGUGUUGCAGAGACCAAGAAGACAUAAAGUACGUGUUCAACCUGAUCAACAUCUAGAAGAAGAAUGA